GCAAGUAUCUCUUUUUAAGCUCAUUUUGGAUUUCUUCACUUUCUGAUUUCCCCCCCUCCCUCUUUUUUUUGUUAUGUUGUGGUGGGCUGUGUUGAAGGAACUUCAGUUUGAGUGUGUUCCGACAUCUCUUAUGGAGCAAGUAACCGCCUUUCUGAAUGAUGUUAGAGAAGACCUUAGAUGUUCUAUGGUUAAGGAUGCAGAGACUAUCAAGAACGAGAGCUUAAGCAUCAAUAAAGAUCCAAAAUGUGUGGAACUAUCAAUAAAUGCAGACAAAGACAAAUUGCAAGCACAGCUACCUAAGGAUAUACCAUUGGAUUUUCAGAAAAAGGUUAUUAUAGCCAAACAUGAGAAGCAAGAAGCCAACUCUGAUAUUUUCUUGGGAAAAAAUGAAACUUACAAGCGUCUUAUGGGUAUGUAAACAAUG